AUGGUUACUAGUCGAUUAACAGCUUCAAUGGAAACUCCCCGAGAACCUCAUUUCUUCAAGCCUCUUCUUCCUGGUUUUCAAAGUGGCGUGGCAAUACCACUUGACUUCUACUCAAAACACAUACAAGGAGCUGAGAUCAAUAAACCAUGGAAGCUAAGAUCGGACGCUUCGGAUAAAAUUUGGGAAGUGAUCCGAGAAGGCAGGACACUCACCAAAGGUUGGAAAGAGUUCACCGAAGCACAUGAUCUUCGAAUCGGUGACAUUGUCAUCUUCAAACACGAAGGAGACAUGGUCUUUCAUGUGACUCCUUUUGGUCCUAGCUGUUGUGAGAUUCAGUAUACACAUCCUCACAUCGUUAAGGAAGAAGCCGACGCGGAUGAUGCUCCUACUUUCUCAUACGACUACUGCUUCUUGGCUGAGGUUACUGCUACAAAUCAAAAGGACGACAAAAUGUUUCUUCAUGUGGAAGCUAUGAGGUGUGGUGCUUUGAACCAACAAUGCAAAGAGGUCAAACUUGUCAACAAGGAGGGAAAGUCAUGGACUGCGCGCUUCGGAUUUAGCGAAUCAGACGGCGCAUAUUACAUCAGCAGAGGGUGGAGAAAGUUCUGUCGUGAUAACAGAUGCACCAACGGAGAUUUGUUUGUGUUCAACGUGGUUGGAGACGGGACGACAACUCCAUUACUGUGUGUAUGUCCGGAAAGGAAGGAGUGUGCUGAACUACUGAUCAACCACUUCAGCAGAAUCGAUGGUAGCAUUGCUUCUACCUCACGAAAUUAG